AAACUAAACAACCAAACCAAACCAAACCAAACUAUGGCCUCCUUCCUCUUCCUUCAUCUUCUUUCUCCUCUUACAAUGACCCUUUUCACCAUUUUCCUCCAAAUCCAAACAAGUUCUUCUUCUUCUUCUUCUUCUUCUCUCUCCUCUUCACCCCCAACUCAAACCGUUCUCAUGUUGCCUCUUAAAACCCAAACACUCCCACAUGGCCUAGUUUCACAAUUUGCCUCCCCACGUAAGCUCUUAUUCCGCCAUAACGUGACAUUAACCGUUUCACUAACCGUAGGCACGCCUCCACAGAGCGUUACCAUGGUCCUCGACACAGGCAGCGAACUCUCGUGGCUCCACUGCAAAAAACCAAACACAAACACAAACACAAAAAACACAAUCUUCAACCCACUCCUCUCUUCCUCGUACACCCCAACACCAUGCACCUCACCCAUCUGCACCACCCGAACCCGAGACUUCCCCAUACCCGUCUCCUGCGACCCGAGAAAACUCUGCCACGUCACUGUCUCUUACGCCGACAUGACCUCCCUGGAAGGCAACCUCGCGGCGGAGACGUUCGCCGUAUCCGGGUCGGGUCAACCCGGAACAACAUUCGGGUGCAUGGACUCCUCCGGGUUCACCUCCAACGCCGACGAGGAUUCCAAAACAACCGGGUUAAUGGGCAUGAACCGAGGUUCACUCUCGUUCGUGACCCAAAUGGGGUUUCCGAAAUUCUCCUACUGCAUCUCCGGCAAAGACACCUCCGGCGUGUUACUCUUCGGCGACGCGAAGUUCUCGUGGCUGGGACCCUUAAAGUACACGCCUUUAGUGAAAAUGAACACUCCCUUGCCCUAUUACGACCGGGUGGCGUACACGGUUCGGUUGUUGGGUAUUCGGGUCGGGUCAAAAAACUUGAAUGUGGCGAAGUCGAUUUUUUCACCGGACCACACCGGGGCGGGUCAGACGAUGGUGGAUUCGGGGUCGCAGUUCAGUUUCCUUCUGGGGUCGGUGUACAAGGCUCUGCGGAGCGAGUUUGUGGAGCAGACUAAAGGGGUGUUGAGGGUUUUGGAGGAUCCGAAUUACGUGUUUGAGGGGGCGAUGGACUUGUGCUUCAGGGUGAAGGGGGUCAGGGUGAAGGGGGGUGGGGUGGCGGCGGUGCCGGCGGUGACGCUGGUGUUUGAGGGGGCGGAGUUGGUUGUCUCCGGCGAGAGGUUGUUGUAUAGGGUGGCGGAGGGGAGUGAUGUGUCCUGUUUGACUUUUGGGAAUUCGGAUUUGUUGGGGACUGAGGCGUAUGUGAUUGGACACCAUCAUCAGCGGAACGUGUGGAUGGAGUUUGACUUGGUCAACUCCAGAGUUGGAUUUGCUGACACCAGGUGUGAACUUGCUACUCAAACACUUGGCUUAGCUGCUUAGUUGCUGUGCCCUACCAUUCUGCUUCUGCCUCCAUCUUUCAAUCCCUCCAUAACUCAGGAAAAAUUGGUGACAUGUCACAGGAUGAUGAUAUUUUAUUAAUGAGUAAAAUAUUUACAAUUUUUUUUCUUCUUAUUUAUAGAUGUAAUAAAUGAAGUUACACAUAAAAGAAAUAUAUAUUGUACAAACUGUUUUACAAUUUAUUGCACUUUUGUUUUUUUUGAGGUUCU